CACACCACUGUUGUUAGAGCUUUGCUCAAGAAGGUUCCAGCUGAUGACUCAUACUCCUUGAAGGACUCCAGAUUUAGAUAUAUUUUCGGCUGUUUUAAGAUGCAUCGUGCCUACCAGCCAAUUCUGCCGUGUGGCAAUAAAUACCUUCAGCAGAAGUGGGACAAAACUACUUACGAAGAGCAUAAGAGAAAGAUCCUAAGAGCCAAGCCUGUGGUAGACACAUCUGCUCCUCCAACAUAUGGACAUCUUCACUUGAAAUUAAGAAAACUUAAGCUUGAUACGGACCACUUGUCUACAAUAGAACGAGAUAACCAUUUGUUACUAAAGAAGAUAUCUUACAUCAUGAAGACUGAAGGAAGAGUAGAUAAUAAAAAUGAAUAUGUAACCAAAAGUUUAAACAGAGAAAAACGAGAGCAAGAAUUAUUCAAAAUAAACCAUGAAAAUUGUGCCAUUCUGGAAAGAAUUGCAAAGUGUAAAUCUCGGUACAGUAUCCAGAAAUGGAGCGAAGAUUGGCAAAAGACUAAAAACUACAUGAGCAGUAUUACAAGAUAUCCUCAAAGCCCUUGUGAGUUGCAGAUUCAAAAGGGACAACAUAAGAAAAUGUAUAAAAAAAGACUGAAAGAUAACAAACUGAAAGUUGAACAUCUGACAGAUAAGCAAGAACAAGCAGUAGAACUAAUCCACCAAGACAAAGAAGUGAGUGAGGAUCAUCAAGGAGAAAAUCCAAUAGAAAAGGCUUAAUUUUAAUUCUUGCAUUGGCAGUUCAGACAAUGGACAUUACACGCUUGAAUUCUUGAUGUAUGGAUAUAAUUACUGGGAAAUUACUAUAGUUAUAAAUAUUAAAUAUGUCUCAUAGAUGAAUAAUGUUCACACCAGUUAUUAAGUAUGAACGUAUUAGCAAGCUAAUUAGGCUGGCCAUCCUAAGUCAUUUACAUUAAUGAUAAUUAAUUUACAAGAGCACUACUUAAAGCUGAAUAUUAUGUGAUAGUCAGAAUCUUCUUUUCUAAAGCAAAUGUAACACAAUAUUAAUAAAAACUACAACAGGCUGGCUGGCUGACUGAUAGAUAUUUAAGGCUAUGCUAAAGUGUGUUAAUAACAGAAAUCUCUUAUGUGAAUUAUACUCUCAGUAUGCUAAUAUAUUAAAUAAACAAUAGCUCAUUAAUAAAACAAUUUUGAUGAUCAGUCAUAUUUUUUACAUCUUCUAGUGGCUUUUCUUUAAAAGUAUUCUGAAUUAUACUGUCAGAACGAUGAGAUUCAGAAAUGUGCCAUUUUUUGUGCUACUCGUGAUGCAAUCCAAUGCUUUACUUGUGUGAAAUAUGAAUUAAAAAAAAUAAACUCCUGGUGAUUUCAUAGAUA